AAUAUCAUCUUUUCUGGAAAAAUACCGUAUCAGCCACACCAGUUAAAGCAACGGUAACAAGGGUUUUUAAUGAACAAGUCGAAUGGUUAAUAGUGAACGGGACCAAAAACGAACGAGAGAAGGCAGAAUAUCUAGAGAGACAGUUCAAAAUUGAUUCGCAGAAAGGUGGUCGAGUAUAUCUUUUUUGGGAAACAGAAAUGCACGCUAAAAAACUUAAUAAAAUAGAAAAGGAUGCCUCUAUCAAGAUUCGUAACUUUCAAGCACAACAUCAUAUUUCUGUUGCAAACCGUAUACUUACGGGAAGAAACACCUUAAAAUCAAAUUUUCUUAAUAUAAGAAAUGACAAUGUCGCUAAUCCUUAUUCCGAAGAGGAUGAUUAUGAAGGACUGACGUUAUUAUUUGAUGAAUCAAAUGAAGAUGCCCUUGUAGAAAGUAUUGACGAAAAAAUACUUGAACAAGAAAACAUAUUACCAGAAGCAAGUGGUGAUAACCUCUCAAAGGAUAAACAAAAAAAUAUGGAUCCGCGUAUCGUUGAAGGUUUUCAUAGAUAUCAAAAGACAAAUCCAAAAACCCGUAGGGUUUUCACCCCCGCAUACUGGGGAGUUUUAGACCUAACUGGAGAAAGCUUGUUUGAUUGCAAACAGUUUACAGAGGAGGACAUAAUUCAAAUAUCGCAAGACUUUGCUGAUAAAAUUUCCUGGAAAACAAUGCCACCAGAAAAGAAUAUACGUGAAUAUUUCGAUAGUAAUUGUGAGAAAAAGAUAGGCGAUAAUUAUAUCAGAAAGCUAGAUGUAAACAUUCAGUUUAUGAAAAGUGAUGUACGUAGUUUUCAAGGAAUGAUGACAGAGGAAGAGCUAAAAAUGAGUUCAACUUUCCCAUUAUUUCGUGGGAUAUUUACUUCUGAUAAGAUUAAAAAUGCAUGGGGAGAAAUUCAAGCUUUGCCCACGAAAUAUGCACGUAACGAAAAGGAAAAUCCGUUUAAAAGAGCACGGGUAGGAAGACGCAUAGAUAUGAAGAGUACUCUCAUCAAAACUUCUAAUAAAUUUGAAGUGAUUUAUGGAGAAGUAGCAGGAGGAUUGGGCCAACUUGGAAUACCUACCGCCUGUCGUAAAAAGCGUUAUCUUGAUAAGAAACGUACGAACUUAAUCAUAUAUGGGUGGCUCCAAUUUGGCCUAGAACUAAAUUUCUAUGCUAUGGACUGGUCAGGAGCCGGUAUAUACAGAUUUGGAUUAAUUGAUCAAUGUAGAUUACCGUCUGAUGGGGAUGAAUUUGGGAUUCUUGAGGACGCGUACUGUAUCCUUAAAUUGCUUGAAAAUAAAUCACUUGAAACCGAGAAAGUAGUCAAACAAUUAUUUUUAGAAAAUACGAAGGGUAAACGACGACAAACUGCGUCCGAAACUGAAGCUGAGUUGAAUGAAAAUCGUUCUCCUGAAAGAUACAACUAA